CUCGAGCUCGCUUCGUCAGUCUCUGAACAUUGCUCCUCACGUCUUCUUUUCUAUAUCCCCAUACCUUCUACAAUUUGCGCGUGUCUCCAAAAUGUCCGAUAUCCGUCUUGAUUCGGCCACCUUCUUCAAACGCGCUGCAAAAAUCUUCGACUCUUGGGAGAAACCUAGCGGUGAUACACAAGCUCUGGAAGAUAUCAAUUCGAUUGCGAUUAUUCUGGGGGAUCCAAACGAUGAAGUGGCAUCUUACACCAAAACUACUGCCUUACAGCUUUGGCUUCUCGGCUAUGAAUUCCCUUCAACCUUGAUGGUCUUCGAAAAGUCACCUCGAAAAGUUACCUUUGUGUGCGGUUCUUCUAAAGCCAAACUUAUCCGACAGCUUCAGCCUUCAGACGGAAUCGAGAUUGAUGUCAAGGUCAGAUCGAAGGAUGCCACGGCGGCUAAGGAGACUAUGGAAGAGGUCGUCGCAUCGCUUAAUGGCAAAUUCGGCAGUUUACCCAAAGACAGGCCUAUUGGCAAGUUGGUAGACGAAUGGAACUCUGCUGUGGAGUCUAAGGGCGAUUUGGAAGUCGUUGAUGUCGCUAUUCCAAUCUCUGCUGUCUUGGCCGAGAAGGAUGGGGAGGAACUGAAAACCAUCAUCACAAGCGCCAAAUUGACCUCGACCGUCAUGAUCAAUUAUUUCAAGUCCAAGAUGGAAUCAAUCAUCGAUCGAGGAACCAAAAUGUCUCACGAAGCUUUGGCUCAAUUGGUAGAAGAAAAGAUUGGUAACGAGGAGAAAGGGCCCGACAUGAAACUUUGGAACAAGAAUCCGUCUCUCGGCGAAAUUGACUUUGCCUCCAGCGAAUUUGUCUACUCUCCCGUCAUUCAAUCGGGAGGAAAGUAUGACCUCAAGGUGACUGCUGCUUCCAACAAUGAUAAUCUCAAACCCGGUAUUAUCCUAGCCAACAUGGGUAUCCGUUACAAAAACUAUUGUUCCAACAUGGGGCGCACUUUCUUGAUCAGUCCAAGCAAAAAACAAGAGACUCAAUACACAACUUUACUCGAAGUGCGGAAAGAGGCGCUUGCCCUUUUGAAAACAGGUGCUGUUGCUUCUGAUGUCUAUAACUCAGUUCACCAGUCCUUGGAAACCAAAAACGCCACCCUCGCGGAUUCCUUCUUAAAGAACUUAGGUUUUGCUACGGGAAUGGAGUACCGAGAUAGCAGUUUCCUCCUGAAUGCCAAAAACAACAGAGAACUUAAAGAAAAUAUGGUCCUUGUUUUGACUAUUGGCGUGGCAGACUUGCCAGACGCGAAGAACAAGGGGAAGACGUACUCUCUACUUCUUUCUGACACUGUCAAAAUAGGCCAAAACGGCGCAGUGGUGUUGACAGAGGGUUGUACGAGGCUCAGCGACGUUGUUAUGGAUAUGGAGGAGGAGGAGGAAGAAGACGUCAAACCUCAAAUCGAUAAGAAACCCAAAAUCAACAACUCUCCUAAAAAGCCGAGAUCCAGUACUGUCGGUGGCCGUGUUCUCAAUGCCAAAACUCGAGGUGCCAACCGCGAACAAGCCACUCAAACCACUGCUGAAAAAAUUAAGACUAAUCAGCAGCGUCUGCAUGCCCAGCUUAAUGCAGAUGGGGUGAAGCGCUGGGAGGCUGAUGCUGGUGGCAAAAACGGGGCGCAGCAGAAGGUCGUGAAGAGAUAUGAAAGCUACAGGAGAGAGGAGCAGUUGCCAAGAGCUGUCGAGGAUAGAAGGAUCUACGUGGAUGAACAGAGACAGUCUGUUGUUCUGCCUAUCAAUGGUUAUGCGGUACCUUACCACAUUUCGACCAUCAAAAACGUUACAAAGACCGAAGAAUCGAAUCACAUGGUCCUGCGUAUCAACUUCCAAUCUCCUGGUCAAAUUGCCGGCAAGAAGGAGGACAUGCCAUUUGAGGACCCAGAUGCCAACUUUAUUCGAUCAGUCUCCUUCCGUUCUCAAGAUCAGCGACACAUGUUGAAAGUUUACGAAGCCAUUACGGCCCUCAAGAAGGCUGCUGUCAAGAGAGAGACUGAAAGGAAGGAACUUGCCGAUGUCAUUGAGCAAGAAAAGUUGAUUGAAGUCAAAGGCCGUCAUCCUUAUGUCCUCAAGAACGUAUUUCCUCGUCCGGGACCUGAAGGCAAAAAAACUGACGGUAACGUCGAGAUCCAUCAAAAUGGUAUCCGUUUCCGUCCCGACGGUCCCGCUUCGAAGAUCGACAUUCUCUUCAGCAACAUCAAACAUCUAUUCUUCCAGCCUAGCGAGAAAGAGCUCAUCGUUAUCAUUCACGUUCAUUUGAAAGCUCCCAUCAUGCUAGGAAAGAAGAAAACGUCAGAUGUUCAGUUUUAUAGGGAGGUCGCCGAUAUGUCUUUCGACGAGACUGGUGGCAAAAAACGACGGGCCAGAUACGGCGAUGAGGACGAAAUCGAACAAGAGCAGGAGGAUCGCAAGCGUAGGGCUGAGCUUGACAAGCUAUUCCACGAUUUUGCUCGUCGUAUUGAAACUGCUGCUCAAGCACAGCAAUUUGAACUUGAGGUUGAUGUGCCUUUCCGCGAGCUCGGCUUCAAUGGAGUACCUCACAAGUCUAUUGUCGCCCUACUUCCGACUACCAACUGCCUUAUCCAUAUCUCGGAAUUACCGUUUACGGUGAUUACCUUGUCAGAGGUAGAGAUCGUACAUCUUGAACGUGUGCAGUUUGGAUUGAAAAACUUUGAUAUGGUCUUUGUACUUCAAGACCUCAAGAAGCCGCCUGUUCAUAUCAAUUCUAUCCCAGUUGCGCAUCUUGACAACGUGAAGGAGUGGCUUGACUCUUGUGAUGUGCCGAUAUCCGAAGGUCCUGUCAAUCUUUCUUGGCCAGCGAUCAUGAAGACUGUCAAUGAAGACCCUCAUGCGUUCUACGCGGAGGGUGGAUGGAAUUUCCUCACUGGUUCAGGCUCUGACGAUGGAUCAGAGGAAUCUGAGGAAGGCUCUGAAUUUGAGGGCGAUAGUGAUGUCUUUGAUGAAUCCAGCGGUAGUGACGAGGAUAGCGAAUCUGCCUUCGAGGGCGACUCCGAUUCAGCUUCUGCUGAGAGCCUCUCUGACGAGGGUGAAGAUUGGGACGAGCUUGAACGUAAAGCUAAGAGGGCCGACGAGAAGCACAGAACAGAUAGAGGAGGUGACUCUGAUGACGAUGGGAAGAAGAAGAAGAAGGGAUCCAGGCGAUAAUGUGUUGUACCUUUACUAUAUUUAAUUUCUGCAUUGAAUGGUCCUGAGACCGUUGGAUGUUGCUUGAUCCUGGUAGAGACUAGCAGUCGUAGUAUUGCUCUGCGUGACAGUUCGCAGUCUUCUUCUGAUGAUGAUGCAACUCGAGUAGACGAAG